CCGCACGCCGCGCGCAGGACCGCUGCUGCACUUGUGAGCCGCUCAGCGUUUCUCCACAAACCGCGUCGUCUCCAUCCAUUUUUUCACCUCGACCGAGCUUGGAAGGAGAGAAAGAAAAAAAACUUGGAUUUUUGCACUAGUUUCACGGCCGGAUUUGUACAGCUUUGCGAGGUUUUCUAUCGCUUUGUUAACUUUAUUUACGAACUCCCCAAAAUGGAGAACGAGAACAAGUACCUCCCGCAGCUCCUGGCGGAGAGAGACAGCCUCGACUCGUCCUUCAUGCACGCCAUGAAACUUUUAUCUGCAGAAAUCGAGAGGGUUCAGAAGGACGAGCCGGAAAAAGACAGCGAAACCUACUUGGAUUUGUUCACAGCAAAGAAUAUCAAACUGAAGGAAAGAGUUCUUAUCCCAGUCAAACAGUACCCAAAGUUUAACUUUGUUGGGAAGAUUCUUGGGCCUCAAGGAAACACCAUUAAGAGACUGCAGGAGGAGACAGGCGCCAAGAUCUCAGUCCUGGGCAAGGGAUCUAUGAGAGACAAAGCGAAGGAAGAGAGCUUGAGGAAAAGCGGCGAGCCCAAAUACGCCCACCUGUCCAUGGAACUCCACGUGUUCAUUGAAGUAUUUGCUCCAGCGCCUGAAGCGUACAUGCGCAUGGCCCACGCUAUGGAGGAGGUUAAGAAGUUCCUCUUCCCUGACAUGAUGGAUGAGAUUUGCCAGGAGCAGUUCAUGGAGAUGGGGUAUCUCAACGGCAGCCACGAACACAGUGUCCGAGGAAGAGGAGGCCCGAUGGCAAGGGGGCGUGGAGGCCCCCCGCCUCCACCACCCAGGGGUCGAGGCAUGGCACCAAUGCGCGGCGGUGUUCCUCGUGGUGGUCCAGCCAGAGGUGGAGCAGUGAGAGGAGCUCCAGCAGGACGCGGAGGACCACCAGCUCAGCCUGGCCGGGGCGCGGCCGCCAGCAGAGCCCGCGUGGCAGCACCUGGAGCGCAGAGGAUGCCUCCUCCGCCACGUCCUCCUGCCCAGGAGUCUUACGAAGACUAUUCCUACGACGAAAGCUACACAGAGUCCGGCUAUGAAUCCUACGACAGCUAUUACAGUCAGCCACAGGCAGAACCAGAGUAUUAUGACUAUGGACACGGGGAAACACAGGAAGGAUAUGAAAACUAUGCUCAAGAUGACUGGAACGGAACACAGCGCGCCGCCACAGCCGGGAAAGCGGUUACUCCGAGACAAACGAAGGGAGCGUACAGGGAACACCCGUACGGACGAUACUGACCUCUCGACAAGCACACCGUCAUCACCCAUAAUGUCCCAUCAUGACGACUGUCUCCCACGGCAGCUCGCUCUUUAAGCAACCUGACAAAAGUAAUUGUCCGCCUUUCCGUUUCGCAUUUCUGCUCUGGACAUUUUUUUUUUCUUUUAGAAGGAAACCUGAAAAAUCAGCAACUGAAUGCAUCCGGGACUCAAUCGAAAGUGCAAGACAGUUUGGGGGUGGGUGGGUGGGUGGUGAUGAUGGUUUAGGUAUUUAAAAAAAAACAGCCUGUUCUUAUUUUCAGUUUUAUACUUCUAAUCUCUCUCUGCUUUAAUCUCUGCUUUUUUGCAUUGUUUUUUUUCUUUUCUUUUUUUUUGUCCUCUUAUUGCUUUGGUUAACUAUUUAAAUUGAAGAGAUAAAGCCUGACUUGUUGAUGAGUUGCAGAUUCCCAGUAGGCUACAUUUCAAAAUUCUCUAUUAAUAUUUAAUAUUAGGACUUCAAAAAAGCCAUUAAACCAAAUCAAUUACGUUACAAUGUAAAGGAGCGGUAAUUAAGGAAAGGAAAAACCCUCUUUAUUAAUGACAUUGACGACAAUUGAUUAUUUGUUUUAAAUAGUCUUAAAAGAUUAGUUUAGCAUUAGGCUUUAAUAUAUUUUACAUGAUAUUUUAGAGUUUUGAAAUAUAGCCCUAAUAGACACUGUUGAGAUGGACUGUCCUCAAAUCCUUAAUUUGUUAAAAUAAGUUAUGGCUCUUCAAAAUCUGUUCUGUAAAAUGCUAAUUGUGUUUGGAUAAUUGUGUUUUAAAGAUAUAAAAUAAAUCCGAUUUUUCAUAGCUAUAAUACCAUGUUAUAUAAAAUGCAUGCUCAAACUGUUUAAGAAGGAUUGGGACAACAAUCUCUACAAGGGUCAUCUCUUUCUAAUGUAAAGGGAUCCUGCAGCUAAAUCCGAAUUUCUUGUACAUACUUAAAAGAAAGAAAAAAAAAGAAGAAAAAUUCAAAUACGCCCAAACUGUACUUACUGCCAUCUAGUCUCUGUACGCUCUCCAGAAAAUGCAGAAUGCUACCUGUGUAAGCUUGCCUAAAUAGGUAACUAAAUCUGUCCAAAAAUGUUUUGCAGCAAUUGUCAAUAAAGCCUAGAUUGUUUUUUAUGAAA